AUGUUCCGUCCAAUCGUGCCGCGCCUUGCUGGGCGGGCAAUUCCGAAAACUUCUCCCCAGAUCGCCUUUCAACACUCUUUUCCAGUAUCCAGUGUUUAUAUUCUCGGACGAUCGAAACGCGGAUAUGCGACAGAGUCAGAGGAACAUGACCUGGUCAUUAUAGGCGGUGGAGUUGCUGGAUAUGUCGCUGCAAUCAAGGCUGGCCAAGAGGGCUUAAAGACCGCCUGUAUCGAAAAACGAGGCGCGCUCGGCGGUACAUGUCUUAACGUUGGAUGUAUUCCGUCGAAAUCUCUUUUGAACAACUCCCAUCUGUACCACCAAGUUCUCCAUGACACCAAAAAGCGUGGAAUCGAGGUCGGCGAUGUGAAACUUAAUCUGAAGCAAAUGAUGAAAGCUAAAGACACCUCCGUUGAGUCGCUCACAAAGGGAAUUGAAUUUCUCUUCAAGAAAAACAAGGUUGAAUAUGUCAAGGGAACCGGUUCAUUCAUCGAUCAGCACUCCAUCAAAGUCGACCUCUUGGAAGGCGGAGAGCGGACCCUUCGCGCAAAAAACAUCAUUGUCGCAACCGGAAGCGAGGCCACUCCAUUCCCGGGACUGAAUAUUGAUGAGAAGAGAAUUAUUACUAGCACCGGAGCACUUGCCUUGCAGGAGGUUCCAAAAAAAAUGAUCGUUAUCGGAGGCGGUAUCAUCGGCCUUGAGAUGGCCUCCGUUUGGUCGCGCCUAGGCGCAGAUGUCACCGUUGUAGAGUUCCUCAACCAAAUCGGCGGGCCCGGUAUGGACACGGAAAUUGCCAAACAAACACAAAAAAUACUUUCCAGACAGGGCUUGAAGUUCAUGGUUGGCACAAAGGUCACCAAGGGUGAUGAUAGUGGCGAAAAGGUAAAGAUUGAGGUGGAAGCUGCCAAAGGCGGUAAAGAGCAGACUCUAGAGGCCGACGUCGUACUCGUUGCAAUCGGCCGUCGACCUUAUACCACAGGCCUUGGCUUGGAGAAGGUUGGCCUCGAGGUUGACGAGAAAGGCCGAGUUAUCAUUGACCAACAGUACCGCACAAAAGAAUCACACAUCCGUGUUGUUGGAGAUUGCACGUUUGGCCCGAUGUUGGCGCAUAAGGCAGAAGAGGAGGCUGUUGCUGCCAUUGAGUACAUCAAAAAGGGCCAUGGCCAUGUCAACUACAAUGCCAUCCCAAGUGUCAUGUACACUCACCCUGAGGUUGCGUGGGUUGGCCAAAAUGAAGCGGACCUGAAGGCGGCGGGCAUCAAGUAUCGGGUUGGCACAUUCCCCUUCAGCGCCAACUCCCGUGCUAAGACCAACCUUGAUUCGGAAGGCCAAGUCAAAUUCCUUGCGGAUGAACAGACUGAUCGUAUCCUUGGUGUUCACAUCAUUGGCCCCAACGCUGGUGAAAUGAUCGCUGAAGCAACACUUGCUGUCGAGUACGGCGCCAGUUGCGAAGACAUCGCACGCACCUGCCAUGCCCAUCCAACUCUCGCAGAGGCAUUCAAAGAAGCGGCCAUGGCCACAUACUCCAAGGCCAUUCACUUCUAG